AUGGCUUCAUCACAUCUUCCCGUGUGCGCACAUGCGCCCCAGCUGUCGCUCCACCCCACCGCACCGACAAGCAAGGCACCGUGGAACCCACCCUCCAUCCCUCCCCCUGGCCGCUGCCAGGUGCGCAUCGUGAGUGAGACCCUGCCCUGCAAGUCAUUCAUGCCUCCUCCCGCCCAUCGUGGACAAGUCCGCCGCGCGGGUCGUGCGUCCCAUGCGCCCCGCCCAGCAGUUUCCAGCGAAGUGCAUGCGAGCCCACCGUUUUCCCACACGUGGGCGAAGCGCAGACGGGGCGUUACGGUGACCAUCCCCCCCAGCAACCCCCCCAUCGUGACUCGGGCGCACCUCCACCACCGUUUGAACGGCUACCGUUACGAAAAAAGACUCACGAUGUCUACCGUUUGCAAUGGGGGGAGUGGCCGCAGAGGGUGGGCCGCUUUCCUUGCGCCGUCCCUGCAAAAACUCCACGGCUCAGGCCCACGAUGCAACAGCAGUGUGCUCGCCGUGGAGUGCCAGACUCUGGGGUACAGCUGA